AUCAACAGAAAGGAAACAGGUGUGUGUAUGUUUCUCUAGAUGGUAUAUUAACUCGGCUUUGAACUAGUCCACUCAGAACCGAUAACAGGACUCCUAAUAGCUGCUGCUGAACAACCUGUUGUGAUCAUGCUGUUUGUCUGGUUUUGCGUUUUUGUUUCUGCUUUCACCGGCCGCUUUGUAACCGAACAAUCUCCUCCGCCUCCCGGUAGCUAUCAAGAAGUCCCGGUGAACAGUACUGAUGUUGUAGAAGCGGCGCAGUUUGCUGUGGUUGAAUUCAACAAAGCCAACACAGUAGACCUGUUUGAUUAUGCAAUUCUGGACAUUACAUCGGCUCAAGUUCAGACCGUCGGAGGAUUUAACUACUUCCUGGAAAUGCUCCUGGGACGUACAACGUGCAAGACCGGCAACACUGCUGCUAUUAAAGGCAACGCUGCUGCUAGCGACUGUGAUUCCAACUCUGAACCCAAGGCAAGUGAACUUAAGUGCACCUUCACCAUCUAUGUAAUCCCUUGGGAAGAUUCACGAGUCCUUUCUCAAAAGGAAUGUAAAGUCAACCACUGA